GCAGUGCUCGCCCGCCGCCGCCGCGUCACUCGGCGCGCGCGGCGGCGGCGGCGGCGAAGGGCGGGAGGAGGGGCGCGGCGCGAGCCCGCCGCGGCCGGCGGGAGGCAGAGAGCUGCUAACGCCACCAGGAUUUGGUGAUGGAGGCUUUGCUGGAAGGAAUGCAAAGACAAGGGCAGGGGAGUGGGUUCUUGACUUCGUGUGAGGCUGAGCUGCAGGAGCUGAUGAAGCAGAUCGACAUCAUGGUGGCUCACAAGAAAUCUGAGUGGGAAGGACAGACGCAGGCCUUGGAGGCUUGCUUGGAUGUUCGAGAGCAGGAACUUUCCUCUGCCAGGGCUGCUUUGGAAGAAAAAUACAAGGAGGUUGGCAUGUUGCGUCAGCAGUUAGAAGACACGGAAAGAGUCAAACAGGACAUGGUUAGAGAAUAUGAACAGCAGCUGAAGAAAUUUCAAGAAGAGUUGGCCAGGCUGAGGAGAAGCUAUGAGAAGCUGCAGAAGAAACAGCUGAAAGAAGCUAGAGAACAAGGUGCCAAGAGAGAAGAGGAGGACCGGUUUGAAAUGAGCCGACUGACCAGGAAGCUGGAGGAGUUUCGUCAAAAAUCACUUGACUGGGAGAAGCAGCGCUUGCUUUACCAGCAGCAGGUGGCAUCACUGGAAGCGCAGAGGAAGGCUUUGGCUGAGCAGUCUGAGCUCAUUCAGCAGACUCAGCUUGCCAGUCGGAAGCAGAUGCUGGAGUCGGUGGAGCUGGCUAGCCGAUCGGAAAUCCAGCACUUAACCAGCAAGCUGGAGAGGGCCAAUGAUGCUAUCUGUGCCAAUGAGUUGGAGGUGGAGAGACUUAACAUGAGAGUGGACGAUCUAACCGAAAACAAUCGGAUGAUUCUGGAAGAUCAGCAAAGAGUUCAAGAAGAAUUAAGGCAAUCCAAGAAAAUGUUAGAGGUAUUACAGGAUGAGAAGAUGGAGCUUAGAGCCACCUUGCAGUCUCAAGAUGAUUUCAUUGAUAGCUCUAAGCUGCAUCAGGAACAGUUACAGAAGGAGCUGGUCAGGCUGACUGAAACUCUUCACACAAAAGAAUUCCUCAUCAGGGCCUUGGAAGAACGCUUGCAGGAGAAACAGCUCUCUUCUCCAGGGCUGGAGCAUCUACUCCUGCAGUUGGAUGUUGCCCAGAAGAAGGAACAGCACUUACAGUCAGAGGUGACUCAUCUUGAGAACAGCCUGGUGUCUUCAAAUGCAAGGUGUGUACAGCUGAGCGAAGAGCUGGCUGAGAAUAUCAAAGAGCUGCAGUCAGUGGAAGAACACCAUAGUGACUCAAAGGCAGAGAUUAAAAAGCUGAAAGAACAGCUCUUUCGAGCUGAACAAACUCACAAUAGUGAGCUAGAAGGGAUGAAAAAGGAAAUCUCCAAGUUAAUGCAGGAGCUGCACCAGCGGGACAUUACACUUGCAUCAAAAAGUGGCUCCACGUCAGACCUAGAACACCGGCUGAGAACAGAGAUUGAAAGAGCAGAGAGGAAAGCAGUGGAGCACAGGGUAAUUCUGGUUCAGCUGGAAACCCUGAGGCUGGAAAACCGUCACCUCUCAGAGAUGCUGGAGAAAAUGGAGUUUGGUAUGGUGGAGGGAAAAGAUGUCAGCCUAAGAGCUCUCAGAGAAGGCUAUGCUGUUGAACUAAAUAAAUUAAAAUCUGAGAACCAGCAAUUGCAGAAGGAUCUAGCAGAGGCUAGAGCAAAACUGCAGCUCUCUACUCAGGCCUGCCAGGAUGAACCUGAGAUCAUUGCUCAGCAGAUACAAAGUGAAGAGCCUGAGACCAGGGCUGUACAGUACAGGAGAGCUCGGGAAGUGCAUGAGGAACAAACAGAGAAAACGCAUCACAAGCCUGACAGGACUAUCCAGCAUCAUCAAGGGGAGCCCCAGAGAUGGAAAAUCCAGGCUUUGCCUGCUGAAAUGGGUGCUGUGACCUCCGAGACUGGUGAAUCACCAGCCCAGAUCAGCCGGAAGAACUGUGUGGAAUCUCUUGGUUCUGGUGCCCUGCUGGAAGCAGAUUCUUUGCUCCUUGUGCUGGACGGAAACACAGGUUUCACUGAUGAAACAUCUAGGCAGUCUGUCUCAAAUCUUCAGAGAGAAUCUAUGCCUUUGUGCCCCAUGCCUACAGCUUCAGUUGGAUCGAUAGCUGCAAGAUAUCUGGAAGAGGAAGAACUGAGAUCCCAGCACAUCCUGAAACGCCUAGAUACUCACAUUGAGGAACUGAAGAAAGAGAGUGAAAAGACAGUGAAACAGUUUGGACACCAGGAGUAAUGUUUUUUUUUUCCAGAGUCAUUGAAUUUGAACGUUGGUUUACUUAAAUGUCUUAAAAGUGUGAGGGGAAAGGUACCCAUGAACCGGCUGCCCUUGGAGCUUGAGUGAGAGACCUUACCUCCCACUUUGAGCUGAACCAGCAGGCUGGGUGUCGAGGAAAGGAGACUCCUCUCUAACUUGUUUGAUCUGAUGGAGAUUAUUACACUAGUGGAACUGCACCUCCACCUUAAACCUUUAAUUGAGUUGUUGUGGGUCAGAGAGUUGCGUCAGAGAAGUGUGUUUGUACAGUGACUCACAAAGAGAUUGUGGUAUUUUUAGAAGCAAACCAUUUGCUAAUUUUAAUGUAUUUAAAGUUUAUUUUAUACAUGUAAAAGCAUUGAAAUAAAACAGAAGGGGAAAAGACCCCUUUGCUUUUUCCUACAAAGAUAAA